GCUCAUUCUAUAGUUGAUUUAAAUCUUUCAGUGAAUUGAGAUUUGUUUAGUAAUAGGAUCAAUGUCAACACCAAGGGAUUUUACUGGUAAUUUUAUAUUUCUGUUCAAUCAGCUUGCAAUGAUGAUGCAUGAUGACUGUUCAGAGGAUUCAAGAAUGUUUAAUGUUGACAUUCUGCUUCUUGCAAUGAUGAUAAUUGAUGUGAUGAUUGUCAAACGGGUUGUGGAGAAGUUUGUUCAAAAGUUGCUGCAUUUUAAAGAGAAUGAUGAUUCCUGAUGACAGCCAACAAAAAAGACAAUGAUGCCUGAUAAGUUAGGAGUUUCCAAUAAGACAUCUGCUGGAGGAUUCUUUUGAAUGUUAUACUUUUCUGUAUCCAAUUUAUCCAAUUUCAUCUUACUUUAGCUGAAGGAACUAAAAGUAGAAUGGACCAUGUAUUUCUGAUUAGUAUCACAAGCCAGCUUAGCUAUUUUUCUCUACAACCAGGAAUUAAGUUAAGCAGUGCUUAGUUUUAUGUUAUAUCACAGUCGUAAUUGUGGGUUCUUUUGGUUAGAUUAGUAAUGAGUAGUUUGUUCUCGAGUAACAUCGGUGUAGGUUGAUUUUCAUUUUGAUUGUCGUUCCUCUAGUCAAAAAAGUAAUUGUACGUGGUACUUAACAGGCAAAUUUGGUACUUGUUUUUGUGAGAAUACCUAUAACAUGGAAAAUAGACAUUACUUUGGCUUCAGUACUAUCUUGUGUAUGUACUUCUCUUUUGCCCUUCAUAGAAAAGCCAGAAGCUGCAUCUUUCUCGUAUUUCUGACUCGUGUUUUUUUUUUUUUUUUUUUUUUUUUGUUUUAGGACAGUAAUAUCCUCUAAGUCAUAUGACACUUCCAGCUUGGAUAAGAGCCACCCAUCUUGACCGUCCUUUCAUUUCAAACUUGUUGAUGCUUUUUGAUUGACUUGGUAAACUUAAUGAUUCAUAUACUUAUUUUCUUAGUCAAAAUAGUUCCACAAACCAUAUGGUGCUCCGAAAGCUUGGCUUGGGGGCGUUAAACUAGCCUCUUUUGCUUAGUUGUAAUUUUCUUUUCUUUUCUUUUUUUUUUCAAUUGUAUUUUUUGUUUGAGAGAAAUUAAUGAGAGGGUAAGGAAAUAAAAGGAUGUACAUCCCUUCCCCUAUUUGGAUAAGUUAAAAGAAUUGAGGGAAUUAAAAGCGAAAAGUAAAA